AUGAAUGUGUUGUUUUUCUUUGAGAGCGGUUUUGUCUUUGAACUUAGAUACCAAAGGGAAAAGUAGGAAUUGUCUGAAGAGAUUGGGAAAAGAUCACUGAAACUUCAAAAAGGGAUUUGUUGUCCGCACAUGUUGCCGCCUUCGUUACAACUAUGGGCCAAACACAGACUGCCGUGGACAAGGAAGUGACUCUUCAAAAUAUUCAGGAACUCUACCGCAGGUUUAUAACCGAGUGUCCGAGUGGGAAUUUGCACUUACACGAGUUCAAGAGAAUCUUUUGCAUCAAAAGCAACUGCACCGAAGAGGAAUCAGCCUACAUGGAGAAUGUGUUUCGAUCUUUUGACACAAAUGAGGACGGUAAAAUCGACUUCAUGGAGUUUGUGGCCGCUGUGCAUCUCGUCCUUCGUGGGAAACUUGAGGACAAACUCAAAUGGUCUUUUAAGGUUUUUGACAGAGAUGGAAAUGGAUGUCUGGACAGACAGGAAGUACAACACAUCAUUAAAAUCAUCUCCACGUUAAAGAGGCACAGCGAUCCAGGAAUCACAGAGAAUAUUGAAGACAUCUGCGACAGAAUAUUUGAGUUGGUGGACAAGAACCAUGACAGUCGGAUUUCUUUAGAGGAAUUUAUUGAGGGGGCUCAAAAAGACUCAUGGCUGAUGGACCAACUCAAACUGGACAUCGGGCCCUCCGACUGGUUCUUGGAACAGCAGCACAAACCUUGAAAUGACUGGACAAUCAUACUGUCCAUUUGGAAACACCAAUGAUGGUAACACGGUCUUCAGCAAAUGCUCUUUUGUUUACAAAGGUUCAGCUCCAAGGAAAUAAUCUGCAUGAACUAAUUUCUUAUGUGGGGUUGAGAGAUUCAGGAUAAUCUCAAACCACCAAUCAAAACACUGAGAAAGUUUCACUGUGUAAAAAUUACAUUGGCACUAAACACGAUGUCAACAAACAGAAUGUGUACUGUUUUUAAACAUCAUUUUAAAGGUCUAGUGUGUAAGAAUUAACAUCUAAGGGUGAGACUUGAAAAUACUGUAACAUCCUCAACAUCUCUUAUUAAAUAAACACAAGACCAUUUGUGUGUUUGUGUGUGUUGUUUUAUCACAUUGUGGUACACUAUAAGGAACUAAGACAAACACACUGUGGGAUUCAGCAUUGACGUGGCUCCAUAGAAUGGAGACCUUAUGGGAGAUCAUAUGGAUUUAGCUUGGCCUACUUUUCUUAGCCUUUAAGGCUCUUUACUCAGCACUAUGACAACCUUUAGCAUCACAGUGACACCGGGAAGUAUCACACAGACAUGUGACUUGUUUAAAUGAUCAUGUUUUAAAUGCCACGUGUUUCUCUGAGAUAUUAAAAAUCCAUAAUCACUCGACAGGAUGUUGUGUCUAAAUAUAUUCUGUCUUUUUGGUGGCCGUGAUUUUGGGCCUCGGGGUAAAACCAACUGAUAUCAUGGCGUCAAGCAAAGAGUCUUAAAGAUUAAGAUUUGAAAGACAGGAUGAGUCGAUAGAGGAGGUCAGAUCAGGUAACAGUGCCACACACACACACACACACUGCAUUGUUUGUGUUAAUUCAAAUGACCACAAUUCCUCUAACUAAGCAGCCUGGGCCCCCGGUGAUGGUGAUGAAUUACUACUAGACCACUUUUGUGAUUUUACUGCCCUCUAAGGUAAAAAAAAAAAAAACAAGAGUGGCACUGAUUUGAUGCAAACAACACAACAAUGCAAUUUAUAGUGUUACAUUGGUAUCAAUAAUAGUCAAGCACCAGCUACUCUGAGGUGGUGGGAGGGGGAGCCCCCACAUCAAAUUUAGCUUAGGGCCCCAUAAAGGCUUGGGCCAGCCCUGACCUUGUCUUUCUUCAUCUCCUGU